AUGGAAUAUUUUCGUUACUAUCAUAGUUGGAUGUACGAUAGAACGUUACCAGGCAGACGUGGACUUACACCAAAUUUUGAGGAAGGAGUUAAGGGGUUUAUCACGUGGACAUUUGCACAAGAAUAUUGUCGACGUGAAGGAGGAGUGAGAUGUCCUUGUCUUAAAUGUGAAUGUAGACCUAUAAUUAGUGAUCCAGAGGAAGUAGAACGUCAUUUGAAGAGGAAGGGUUUCAUUAAAAAUUAUUGGGUUUGGACAUAUAAUGGAGAACAACUGCCGAGUAAUGUACAUGCAGAGACAACUAAUACACAUGCAUCAAGCAUUCGAUCACAUAUGGAAUUUGAUGAAAAAUUUAAUUUGAUCGAUGAAAUGGUUGGAAAUGCAUUUGGAGUAAAUGUGACAUAUGAUGAACCUCAGGAUUUUGAUGGGGAAGAGUUGCCGAAUGAGGAAGUACAAAGAUUUUACCAAUUGUUGAAAGAAAUGAAUACACUGUUGUUUGAGGGGUCAGCAGAUUCAAAAUUAUCAAUGUGUGUGAGAUUAUUGGCCGCAAAGUCAAAUUGGAAUGUUCCUGAUCAGUGUUUGGAAUACUUUGCAAAAAUGAUGUUGGAUGCGACUCCUACGAAAGACAACUUGCCUACAAGUUAUUAUGAUACAAAGAGGUUGGUGUCGAAGUUGGGUUUAGAAGUACGAAAGAUUGAUUGUUGCAUAAAUGGAUGUAUGUUGUUUUAUGACAAUGAGUUUGGUAUUAAUGAUGAGGCGCUGGAGGAAUGUAAGUUCUGUAGUAGUCUGAGAUAUCAAGUUCGUAGUAAAGUCAUUAACCGUAAACAAAGACAUGUAGCAGUGAAGUCCGUGUUUUAUUUGCCGAUAAUACCAAGGUUAAAAAGAUUGUUUUCUUCAAUGCAUAGUGCAAGUCAAAUGACAUGGCAUCAUACAAACAAAACAUGUUCAGGCAUUAUGCGGCAUCCAUCUGACGGUGAGGCAUGGAAACAUUUUGAUAGGGUACAUUCUAAUUUUGCUGGAGAACCUAGAAAUGUCAGGCUCGGACUAUGCUCUGAUGGUUUUACUCCAUACGUCCAAGCAUCUGCAAUUGCAUAUUCCUGUUGGCCAGUUAUCGUAACCCCUUAUAACUUCCCUCCAGAGAUGUGCAUGACAAAACCAUACAUGUUUUUGACUUGCCUCAUUCCAGGACCGUCAAGUCCUAAAUCUGGAAUCGACGUUUAUUUGCAACCUUUAAUAGAUGAUUUGAAGAGGUUGUGGAUUGGAGAAUGGACCUAUGAUAUAUCUCGCAAACAAAACUUUACUUUGCAAGCUGCCUUGAUGUGGACUAUUAAUGACUUUCCCGCUUAUGGAAUGUUAUCUGGUUGGGGUAUGCAUGGCAAAAUGGGAUGUCCACAUUGCAUGGAAUUUACAAAGGCUUUUACUUUGGAAUUUGGAGGGAAAAGUUUGUGGUUUGACUCUCACCGCAGAUUCCUACCACGAUACCAUAUUACGGUGAAGCAUGUAGAAUUGAAGGAUAUGGGGUCAAACACAAUUGGACAAAAAGAAAAUUUCUUCGAUAAUAUAUUUAAUACAAUGAUGGAUGUUCAAGGCAAAACAAAGGAUAAUGAGAAGGCUAGAAGGGACAUGGAAAUUUUGUGUGAUAGAAAAGAGUUGGAGUUGAAGCCUCGGCCUAAUGGAAAAUUAUUAAAACCUAAGGCAUGUUACAGUCUAACUUCCCAAGAUGCUAAAGCGGUUUGUCGAUGGUUAAAUGAAUUGAGAAUGCCGGAUGGUUAUGACCCUUUCAUAAUGUCACAUAUCGUUAAACAAGUUUAUUAUGUUCCGUACCCUUCAAUUCAGUCACGUAAACGUGGAUGGUGUGUUGUAAUCAAAACAAAACCAUUGGGUCAUAUUGAAACUGACGAUCUAGUGGAAGAUGCUGCUUACCAAGACCAUGAAAUUUCUCAAAUUAAUGAUGUGGUUGAAGUUGAAGAAAUUACAAAUUUGUGUGAUACAUUGGUCGAGGGUCAUCAAAUUGAUGCAUCUGUUUUGUUGGUAGAUAAUUAUAUGGACAAAGAGCAUGAAGAUAUUGGAUCUGAGGACAUUAUUGGAUCAGAUGAUGAAAAUAAUAUGGUCGAAGAGCAUGAAGAGUUUGAAUAUAUAGUUUUAUAUGUGUCCGGACAAUUUUUAUUAAUGUAUUAUUUGUUUUAUAUGAAUGCAAAUGUAUUAUUUACGUAUUAUUUAUUUACGAAGAGCAUGAAUAGUCUUGAUUUAUUUACGUAUUAUUUAUUUAUUGAUAACUAUUUCAAAAUAGAUACAAUGCCACCCCGAACUGACAAGGGUAAGGCUAAGGAGACCCAGCCUCGUUCGAGAGCCAGAGUACAUGAGGUACCGCCCUCGCCCAUGUAUGCUUCUCGCCCACAUUCUCAGGUAGAUCUAAUGUCUGUAGACACUUCACAACCAUUUACGACAUUACUCUCCUCCUCCCAAACGGUUCCAUUUGGGAAUCCAUCGUUUAUUAGUCCGUUUGGGGGGAUCCUUCAUGCAUCCGCUUGGGGUACCAUCUACGUUUACGCAACAGUCUGGGGGAUCUAG